GCAAAUGAUUAUUCGGAGCCCUGCGCCCGGCAGGCUCACACUUGGACUCCCUAAGCUCCGCGCGUGUCCCCGCCGGCACGUCCGCGCCCGCGCAGCCCCUACUGGGGACUCACAGCCCGCCCGCGGAUCAGGAUGUCCUUCCAAGGCAAGAAGAGCAUUCCCCGGAUCACGAGUGACCGCCUUCUCAUCAAAGGGGGGAAGAUUGUGAACGAUGACCAGUCCUUUUAUGCUGAUCUGUAUGUGGAAGAUGGUCUGAUUAAACAAAUUGGAGAAAACCUCAUCGUCCCUGGGGGCAUCAAAACCAUCGAUGCUCAUGGUCUGAUGGUACUGCCUGGGGGAGUUGAUGUCCACACCCGGCUGCAGAUGCCUGUGCUGGGCAUGACCCCAGCUGAUGAUUUCUGUCAAGGCACCAAGGCGGCCCUAGCGGGCGGGACCACUAUGAUACUGGACCAUGUAUUUCCUGAGCCUGGUGUGAGCCUGCUGGCGGCCUAUGAGCAGUGGCGGGAGCGAGCGGACAGUGCAGCCUGCUGUGACUACUCCCUACAUGUGGACAUUCCCCGCUGGCAUGAGAGCACCAAAGAGGAGCUGGAGGCCCUAGUCAGGGACAAAGGUGUGAAUUCCUUCCUGGUCUUCAUGGCAUACAAGGACAGGUGCCAGUGUACCGAUGGUCAGAUGUAUGAGAUCUUCAGCCUCAUCCGGGACCUGGGAGCCUUAGCCCAAGUGCAUGCAGAAAAUGGGGACAUCGUGGAGGAGGAACAAAAGCGCCUACUGGAGCAAGGCAUCACUGGCCCUGAGGGCCAUGUUCUCAGCCACCCAGAAGAGGUAGAGGCUGAGGCUGUGUACAGAGCAGUCACCAUUGCCAAGCAAGCCAACUGUCCACUAUACAUCACCAAGGUGAUGAGCAAGGGAGCGGCUGACAUGGUUGCCCAAGCCAAGCGCAGAGGCGUGGUCGUCUUUGGAGAACCUAUCACUGCCAGCCUGGGCACUGAUGGCUCACACUGCUGGAGCAAGAACUGGGCCAAGGCUGCGGCCUUCGUCACUUCACCUCCUAUCAACCCAGACCCUACCACUGCAGACCACCUCACUUCCCUGCUGUCCAGUGGGGAUCUCCAGGUUACAGGCAGUGCACACUGCACCUUCACUACUGCCCAGAAGGCCGUUGGCAAAGACAACUUCACCCUGAUUCCAGAGGGUAUCAAUGGUGUAGAAGAACGCAUGUCUGUAGUCUGGGAGAAAUGUGUGGCUUCAGGGAAGAUGGACGAGAAUGAGUUUGUUGCUGUGACCAGCACAAAUGCUGCCAAAAUCUUCAAUUUCUACCCCAGGAAGGGGCGUGUGGCUGUGGGCUCUGAUGCUGACCUGGUUAUCUGGAACCCUAGGGCCACCAAAGUCAUCUCCGCCAAGAGCCACAACCUGAAUGUAGAGUACAACAUCUUUGAAGGAGUGGAGUGCCGAGGAGUGCCCACAGUGGUCAUAAGUCAGGGCAGAGUGGUGCUGGAAGACGGGAACCUGUUUGUCACUCCAGGGGCUGGCCGCUUCAUUCCCCGGAAGACGUUCCCCGACUUUGUCUAUAAGAGGAUAAAGGCUCGUAACAGGCUAGCAGAGAUCCAUGGUGUGCCCCGAGGCCUGUAUGAUGGGCCUGUCCAUGAGGUAAUGCUACCUGCCAAGCCAGGGGGUGGCACACCAGCUCGUGCAUCCUGUCCGGGCAAGAUCUCAGUGCCACCUGUGCGUAACCUGCACCAGUCGGGGUUCAGCCUAUCUGGUUCUCAGGCUGAUGAUCACAUCGCCAGACGCACAGCUCAGAAGAUCAUGGCACCCCCUGGAGGACGCUCCAAUAUCACAUCUCUUUCCUAGACCUGGGGUCUGGCAAGCUGGUGCUUUCUCCACUGGCAGGGAGUGGGGAGCACUCACUUCAGUUAGCUCCUUCCUUUUGUAGUUGUUAUCGUGAAAGGUGCUCAGCCUUGCCCUCCUAUACCCCAUAAACUCUCCCUUUGGAGUCCCAGGCCCCACUAUGAGGUACUCCCUCCAGAGGGCUGAAUCCAGGGAGAGUCCACUGCCAGAGUAAGAGGACUAGGCUUGGCAGUGAGCAGGUGCCUCUUGCCCACCUUCCCUUACCAUGAAGACCCUCCAUGAGAGCUCUCUGCCUCAAGCCUGUGAGCUUUCCAGGGUCUGGGACUAGGCAGGGUGGGCAUUUACUGCUGCCUCCCCCUAAGGAACCACUGCCCCGUGGAAGCCCCCAGGCUUCCACCAGCUCC